AUGGCUGCCUCAUCCUCCUUCUUCUCUUUUCUUCUACCACCAAAACCAAAACCACCCCAAUCACUCUCACCUUCCCUCACUCGUUUUCCAUCUCAGAAGCACCAGAACCUAGUCAGUGACGAUCUUCACCCAUCUUCUUCUUCUUCUUCUUCUUCUUCUUCUUCUUCUUCUUCUUCUUCUUCUGCUGUUUCUGCUGCUUCAUCAGAGUUAUCCUCUGUGAUUUGUCCCUCUCUUGCAAAUGCCAACACCCUCUUCUUCCGAUCAGCGUACAAUGUGCAGGUGGUUGUGGCCGAAAACGAGAAUGAGGAGAGGCUGCUCAACAGGUUCCGAAGAGAGGUGAUGAAAGCAGGUGUCAUUCAAGAGUCCAAGAGGAGAAGGUACUUUGAGAACAAGCAGGAUGAGAAGAAGCGCAAGACUCGCGAAGCUGCCAAGCGUAACAAAAGAAGCAGGCGCACUGAGUGGAAACCUCCAAUGCAGAACAAGCAGGAGGUCCCAACAACCAAGAAGGAAGUGGAUGAUGAUAAUUGGGAUAUGCCUGAAGAUGCUUGAUACUAAGCCAAACUUAUUUCCACACAUUAUGUACUAAUUUUCACAUUUUACUCUGAGAAGCUUUUUCGGCCUGUAAGUUCUUCUGUUAACUAAAAUCAAUUCCUUGGACUCAAUUAGUAUAAUUUUCAAUUUAAAUAUCGUUUAAUAUUAUGCAAUUUGUUCAUUUGUGCAUCAAAUUCUUCUUCAUCCCUUGAUUCUAUGAUAUCUUGCUGCAGUCACUGUUUAUUUUCCCCUCCUGCAUCAAUUAGAAUCCCCCAAUGAUGUUGAGUUUACUAGCCCUGUAGAAGAUACAUUUUAGAUAAGGAAAAGUAAAAAAGAUUUGCAUUGUAUUAUGUGUUAUGAGAAAAUGUCUUUUCACUGAACAAUAAAAUAUUCUUGGUGUAAAGGAUCAUCCAAAUGAGGGAGGAUAGCCUGUUCAUUUCAUCUGCAAUCUCAAGGUUGUAGAAAUUAGAAAAGUUCAUUGUAUUGAAGUUUCCUUCUGUAUGGACACUGGAGUAUAUCUUUAUACUGCUACAUGUGAAUGCUAUUUGUUUCUGGAGUCAUUAACUUUCAUUUUUACACUAAUCUGCUUUUUACUUGGAAAGGAAGCAAAUUGUUUUAUUCAUAGUUGAGCCAUUUGUUUUAGUGAAAAUGAUAGGUAGCUAUAGCUAAGCAAAGUAAAUUUGGAAGAAGUAGGAUCGUCAGUUAGUUCUGAAUCAACCAACAACUUGUUGAUCUAGUGGUAGACAAGCAAGAUCCCGGAGUAAGAGUGAAGACACAAGUUCGAAUCCCUAGAAAGUUAUCUAUUGGGAGGGACUGCUACAGUUUCCCGGAC